AAUCUAAUGACAUAACAGUGCUUGCCUUGGAGACGGUAUAAACUCCAUGUAGGUUACAGCGACACCUGCAGGGUGGCCAGGAUCAGGUGAGCGCGCGGAGAGGGAGUGGCCAUGCACGCACACGCAGGUGAACGGGAAGAAGGAACACAGCCUGAGAGACACGGUAAGAGGAGAAGAUCCUUGAACAUGUUAAACCUUUAAUUAUGACUUCGUCUGAAAGAAGGACUUCAGGAUGGUGAAUUCGGGUAUUUGUUGUGGCAGUCUGAAGGAUGACAAGAUCCUGAUGAAGAUGGGUUUGGGACUGGUGCUGGUUGGUCAUGUGAACUUCUUGUUGGCGGCACUGGUACAUGGAGCUGUGCUUCGACACAUAAAGGUGUUCACUUGGAACCGGAAACUCGUCUACCCCAUCUCCAAUGUCAUUGCUCUUGUGGCAGGACUCAUGGCAAUCAUUGGUGGAAUUUCAGCUAUUGUUCUCUCAAAGAACAAGAAAAACCAGCUGCUGAGUUGGUUUCUAUUAGUUAUGAGUGUCCUGGCUAUUCUUUUGGGUGCCGCCUCUGCAGUGGGAAUCAGUGUUGCUACAGUGAGGGUCAUAUAUCUGGAUGGGGAGAAUCUGUUUGCCCACUGCAACCGGUCUGCCAUCAUAAAUUUGUACAGCAUCACAAAUGAAUGCCCCUUUGACCCCACACGCAUCUAUGGUACUACAUUAAUCCUAUGGUUUCCAUUGAUUCUGAUGUCAGCGGUGGAGGUUGUGUUCUCCUGCCGCUGUUUCUUGGCCUGCACGUCGUUCCUCCGGAUGCGCUGCCCGUGGAGAAGAACCGUCACUAAAAGGGUGCGUGUCCAGCUGCCAGAAGAAACCUCAAUGCCACCAGGAGAUGAUCCAAAUGAGGAGGAGCCAGCAGAACAACAUGACCUACUUGCUGUGGAGACAAGUGAACUGUAAUUCAAAAGUAAACAUUACAUGAACAAUACAUGCUUUUCAAAACCGCUGCAUGACAGUGGACCAAGAAAUACCAAGUGCCAAUGCACAUAAAACAUAAAAGUGUACUGCUCACUGAAGAGGCUAGCAGGUGAAGAGAGGCGGUGCUUCGACAUCUAAUGAAGCACUAAUGAUGAGUGUUAUUCUUCAGUCUUAAACGGUCAGACUGUGUGACCAAGUACUAUAUAAAGUGCAUGUUUUAUAUAUUAACCUCAUGAACAUGUUUGAUGUGCGUGUUUAAUGUUACAUUUUCUGCACUGAUGGGUUUCCUUGUUACAUUUAUAUUAAAAAUACUUUUCUAUUCGAAACUGAA